AUGAGCACUGAGCAGCCGGAGAGUUUAUCGGUUUGGGGUGGAAGUGUGGCUGAUGCACAACUCCAUGAGAUUUGUAAUGGGCUCCCUCUUCUCUGCGUGCUAGAUUCUAGCUCAGAGGAAGAGGAAGAGGAGGACGAAGAAGAAGAGGAGGAACCAGAGGACUAUGGGAUGGAUGGCACUGACAGGCUUUCAUCGCCUGCCCUCGACGAGAGUGGCUUGGGCCUUCUAGCAAGGUUUGCCGCCAGCGCGAUGCCCAGCCCCAUCGUUCCCCCUCCACUUUCCAUCAUCCAGCUGGAGGCCAAGCAGAAGGCGAAAAAGAAGGAGGAGCGGCAGAGCCUGAUGGGGACAGAGUUUGAAUACACCGACUCAGAGAGUGAGAUCAAGAUCAGGAAGAAGUCGCCCUCAGGGCUGCUGCGGGGAAAGAAGGGGCCGCUGGAGGCAAGCAGCAUCCCGCAAAGCCAGGCCCCCAGCAGCCUUGACUCCGGAUCUGGGAGCGCUGACAAGGCCAAGCUUGGGUCUGAGAAAGGCCGCAAGCUGAAGAAAUUCAAGUCCCCCAAGGACUUGAGCUUUGAAUUUGGGCUGGAGGCCAGUGAUGAUGACCUGUGGAACCGGCGCCGGAGUGAGCGGAUCUUCCUCCAUGACGCCACCACGUCCUCAGCCAUGCUGACCCCCGCAGUGCCUGCCAGCUCUACUCCUGUCUCCAAGCCUGCGCGCUGUGGCAAGGGGGCACCCAUGAGCCCCAAAAAGGAGGGCAGCAAGGGGAAGGAGAGGAAGGACCUAAGCAAGAGGAAGAAGGGUAAAGAAACACCCUGCUGCUCCUCCUCCUCGUCCAUGUCUCCUCCUGGCAUCCCUAGCUCCCCAUCUGAUGUUCGUGUCAGCCUGGCCAGUGCCCUGGGCUCCACCAAGAAGAGCAAAGCCAAAGUGAAAGCCAAGGAGGUGAAAAAAGAGAACCGAGGGAAAGGAGGAGCUGUCAGCAAACUCAUGGAGAGCAUGGCAGCAGAGGAGGAUUUUGAACCCAACCAAGACAGCAGCUUCUCAGAGGAUGAGAACAUCCCACUGAGCAUGCUGGUCGAGCGACCGCCCACACCAGCUCCCCGCUCCUGCAUAAUUGACAAGGAUGAGCUGAAAGACGGUCUGCGUGUCCUCAUCCCCAUGGAUGACAAGCUGCUCUAUGCUGGGCAUGUCAAGACGGUGCAUUCACCAGACAUAUACCGUGUGGUGGUGGAAGGUGAGAGAGGAAACCGUCCCCACAUUUAUUGCCUGGAGCAGCUCUUGCAGGAAGCGAUCAUCGAUGUGAAACCACCUUCAGUGCGAUUCCUGCCCGAGGGCACGAGGAUUGCAGCCUACUGGAGCCAGCAGUACCGCUGCCUCUACCCAGGGACAGUUGUCCGAGGAGCCCUGGAUCUGGAGGAAGAUGGUGAUCUCAUCACAGUAGAGUUUGAUGACGGGGACACGGGACGUAUCCCACUGUCUCAUAUUCGGCUUCUCCCACCUGACUACAAGAUCCAGUGUGCUGAGCCUUCCCCGGCCCUUUUGGUGCCCAGCACCAAGCGCCGUAGCCGUAAAUCCAGCAAAGACACUGGAGAAGGAAAAGAGGGAGCUACGCUGGGGUCAGAGGAGCCUGUGUCGAAGGGCAAAGGGCGAGGGAGAAAGCCAAGCAUCAAGGUGAAAGCUGAAGAGGCUGCCUUACCAGAAGAGAAGGACCAGGUUGAGUCUUCACCUGUUACCUCUUCAGUCCCGGAGAAGCCAGCUUGCUUGGGCAAGCCAACCAUGAAGGGGUCACGAAAAUCACAACCACUGCCGACUGGAGGCUCUCCUGCCCCCACAGAGGAAAAGCGGUCAAAAGCCAGCAAAAUGAAGAUCUCCGCUAAGCUGCAUAGCCCCCCACAACCCACUUACCAGCCUGCUGUGUUUGGCAGCAUCCUCAGCACAGAGCCCUACAGCGACCUCCCGGGGCCGCUGGCGGCCUUUGGCUCCAGCGAUGCUUCAGCGUCGAAAGCCAAGACCAAGAAAGGGCGGCCCACAGAAGAGACACAGGAGUUUGGCACCAUGGCCAAGGCUCAGAGAAAGCAUGACAAUGAAAUCCUGAUCAAGCUGGACCAUGAGGGUGUGAUGUCUCCAAAGACAAAGAAGAUGAAGGAGGCAAUGAGGAUGCUGGAGGACUCGAACCUGGUCAGUCGCAGAGACGGCAAGAGCCUCUUGGGGCUGGGCUAUUCCCCUGCAGUGGGUGCAGAGGGCAAGCAGAAAACUUCCCGAGCCAAAGCAGCUGAGGGAGACCCUUCCCCUGCCAGCUUUGGAGGAAAGUUUGAUGGCUCAGCAGAGAGCCUCACUGCUUCAAAGGACCAGGAAGAAAAGGCAACAGCUCCAGCAGCUAUGGAGGAGUCUGAGAGCAACAGCAGCGACAGCAGCUCGGAGUCAGAGGGAGAAGAGGAGGCUGAGAAGAACCGAGGGGAAGCCCAGGACAGCAGCUCGGCGAGCUCGAGAGCAUCCACCCCUCUCUCUUCCUCCAACUCCUCCUCCUCUUCCUCUUCUAGCAGCAGCUCCUCUUCCUCCUCCUCUUCCUCCUCUUCCUCAGCCUCAUCAACCUCUUCUUCAUCAAGCUCCAGCUCUUCUUCUUCCUCCACUACAGAUGAAGACUCCUCCUGUAGCUCUGAUGACGAAGUAGCUGAGGCCCAGCCAAGUUCCUCAGUGCAGCAAACCCUCCCACCCAAGCAAACCAAGCAGGCAGGGAAAUCCCGCGCAUCCUCCCACCCCCAGAACCAGAAACAGCCGGCGCAGCAGCCGGUGCAACAGCCGGCACCGCAGCAGAGCGGCAACAAGAGCAGGCCCAAAAAGCGCGAGGGCAUCCACCUGCCCACCACCAAGGAGCUGGCCAAGCGCCAGCGACUGCCGUCGGUGGAGAACAGGCCCAAGAUUGCUGCUUUCCUCCCCGCGCGGCAGCUGUGGAAGUGGUUUGGGAAACCCACACAGAGACGAGGAAUGAAAGGCAAGGCCAGGAAGCUCUUCUACAAGGCCAUCGUCCGGGGCAAGGAGAUAAUCCGCAUCGGAGACUGCGCGGUCUUCCUCUCAGCCGGCCGCCCCAACCUGCCCUACAUUGGCCGGAUCCAGAGCAUGUGGGAGUCGUGGGGGAACAACAUGGUAGUCCGAGUCAAAUGGUUUUAUCACCCAGAAGAAACCAACCCUGGGAAGAAACUCAACGAAGGCAAGCGCUGGGAUCAGAAAUCCGGCAGGAGUCUGUCCACAGCUUUGCAGGCAUCCAACCAGAGGAAGGACUUUAUGGAGCGAGCCCUCUACCAGUCCUCUCACGUGGAUGAAAACGAUGUCCAGACCAUCUCACACAAGUGUCUUGUUGUUGGUCUGGAUCAAUAUGAGCAGAUGCUAAAGACAAAGAAAUACCAAGACAGUGAGGACCUCUACUACCUUGCAGGGACCUACGAGCCCACGACGGGCAUGAUCUUCAACACCGACGGGGUUCCUGUCAUCUGCUGACCGCCCAGGGGACACGUGCCACCCCCUGGGAAGGGAUGGGACAAACCUGAGGACGUGCCUGUUCAGACGACAUGAUUGUUUCUUUCAAUGCUCAUGACUUCUGUGUCACACUACAGACAGGAGAGCGCGAGAGACACGAGGAGGAAGGAGAGGGCUGAAGAAAGGGGUUGGGGAAGCAGUUACAGGAUUUGAGGGAGAUGCCGGUGGGGGGGGGUGGUGGUGGUUCUUGAACCCCAAGGCUCUUCUGGAAGUGGCUUUAAGUAAGGUGACACUUGACCAACUUCUCCCUUCCUCCUUUUGGUCCAGGAAAGCACAUGGGUCUCGUGAUCAUUUCACCAGCGGGACCCCCAGCAAGAGGGAUCCCUUUUGUGUCAUUUGCCCCCAUCAGUAACUUGGAAGCCGCCUGUACGUGGAAGGACACCUGCUAGCCUUCUGCGUACACUCCUCUCCGUCCUUAUAUUCCCUUUCCUGCUUAGUUUCGCAUGACCCUUUAGGAAGGACAGGGUGAAAGAGAAAGGAGAUGAGUCUCUCUCAGCGCCUCGUCUCGAUCCUCUCCGCGCCUUUUUGCGGUUCCCUUUCCCUGGAGGCCCCUGGCUGGCAGCGUGGAGCACGAUGGGGCAGAGCUGGCCCCAGCACGGAGAUGGCAGAAGAGGUUCUCCAGGCUGGGAGGAGCCGAGUGGAAGAUGAACCAACAUCCAGUCUUGGAUGCUGCCUUCCCACUCCCUUGAACAAACAGUCUGAACCCACCUUCCCCAUCCAUCUGCAUCCCUCCUGCCCUGGAAAGGUGCUGGGGGGGAGCAAACGCAUGGCCAGGGGGUGACAUGGGCGAACAAAGAACUCGCCUUGGAGCAUGCAGUGAAGGGAGGCAGGGAAAGACCGGGAAAAGCUACUGCUCAGUGCUUGGAGCAGAGGAGACCACAGGCCAUUGGAUUUUGCCAUCCCUCGCCCAGCUUUACCCUCCAUGCCUUGCCUGAGCAGAGAUGUGGAGCUGCUGGGAAGCCCUCACCCCCUUGUUUGAAGGGAGUGGGGGUAGAGCGUGAAGCCUGGCCGUGCCUGCCUGCGGCAUUUCUGCAGCCAGAGCCCCACUGCCACCUUGGGCUCAGGGACGGGACCGUUCAGCCUGCUCCA